AUGCACCGGUUCAAGAUUCCGGCGGCCUCGCUCUGGAUGUUAUUCAUCUCUUGUUUCUUGCUCUUCUUACCAAUUCAGGCUCAGGACUGCAGUGCGCUUAGUCCAUGUGCGACCGGUUGCUGCAACAAAUUUGGCUACUGUGGCGUGGGUGACGACUACUGUGGCGCCGACUGUGUUGCCGGUUGCGAUUACCGGCCUGAAUGCGAUGCGUCUAACCCUUGUGCAACGGGUUGUUGCAAUAAGUUUGGGUAUUGUGGUUUAGGACCUGACUACUGUGCAAAAGACGUCAGAGCCGAGUGCGAUCCGGGUGGCUAUGGAGAGUUUGCGGAUAGCGCGAAGUGCCCGUUGAAUGUCUGCUGUUCUAAGUUCGGCUUCUGCGGUACGACGAAGGAAUUUUACAGUACUAAAAAGAACAGCGGACUCAGCCGUGUCAUCAGAUAUUAUAAAGGCUUCUAUCCUAAACAGAUCCCUAUGGGAGUCUACACUUAUCUGAAUUAUGCAUUCGCCUCCAUUGACCCAAAGACAUUUGAAGUGCUUCCGCCUAGCACAUAUAAGAAGGAUUUGAUGAAGCACCUAACAGCCCUUAAAAGGUCCAACCCUAAUCUAAAGGUCUAUAUUGCUGUGGGUGGCUGGACGUUCAAUAAUCCCAGACCGACUGCUACGGUUUUUUCUGAUAUUGCAUGCUCUGAGGCCAAUCAGAAGGCUUUCUUCAAGUCUUUGAUUAGUUUCAUGUCAACGUACAACUUUAAUGGUAUCAACCUGGAUUGGGAAUAUCCUUAUCUGCAAAACUUUGAUAUUGUUAACUUACAGAAGGAUGUGGACUUUUUCAACAUUAUGUCUUAUGACCUCCAUGGGGCUUGGGACAGAAACAAUAAGUGGCUUGCGCCUGAGUUAAAUUCUCACAUGAAUUUGACUGAGAUCACGAACGCACUAGACCUGUUAUGGCGGAACGAUAUCAACUCCGAAAAGGUUGUGCUGGGCCUGGCAUUCUACGCCCGUGUGUUCUCUGCCAUGAGCCCCAGCUGUAUGAAGCCAGGAUGCACCUUUCAGUCUGGAGGAAAUGCAGAAGUAUGUAGCAAUGAGGUAGGAAUUUUGCUAAAUUCAGAGAUUGUUGAGAUCAUGAAUGACCAUCAAGUGAAGCCCACCUUGGACAAGGAUGCCGCUGUGAAGAUCCUCAAGUUCAAUAACAACCAGUGGCUGACAUAUGACGACGCAGAUACCUUUAAGUUGAAGGCAGAGUUUGCACAUGGGCAGUGUCUGGGAGGUGAAGUCGCUAAUCACAAAGUCAAGGCACUUGCUAUGAGCACUGUGACAGACAAAUUGGAGACCCACAAAGUUCACCAGCAGUGUAAGUGGACAAAUUGUUUCAAGAACUACCCUGCUGGCUGGACCCUGAUCACUCACAGUGAUAGUGGCGCGCGCAAGGGAGAAGGUAUGUUAGACAACACUAGCUGUAGUCAGCGCGGAGACCAUCUCUUCUGCUAUCCCCCUGACUCACCUCUUCCAACUUGCGGCUGGUAUGGGCACCGCAAUGGUAAGUGUAAUGGGAGAGGGAAUUGCCCAGAAAAAACAGUGGAGAUCAGAUCUCAUAGUCAGGAUUGUGAAAACAACAAUUACCAGGCAGCAUGCUGCACUUUCAACACCCCAAGCAUGAAGCUCUAUUCUCAGUGCACAUGGGCCGAAUCUCCCAAGUGCAAUGAAGGGGUGUGCCUGAAUACCUUGUGGGGGGACUACUGCAAAUGGAAGACCUUUAAAUAUACCUGGAAUAGGCAGGAGGCCACCUAUCAGGAGAGAAAGUACUGCUAUGACCAAAAGGAUGACACCAAAUGGGAGGACUGUGAGUAUGCCGCCGUAGAUGGAUACUGUGCUAGCAGCUGCCCCAACGACCGUGUAAGAGUGGCCCUGGAAACCAGAAAUGGCUGUGAGGGAGACAGCAGCCAAGCCUGGUGUUGCAAGCCCAAGUAUAUUACACUCAGCAAGCGCUCUUACACAGAUGCGGAGACCAGCUUGGAACAGAGUGUGAAAGAGUUCAUGGAUGAUCCAUCCUGCGGCAUAGACAACUAUUGGAAGCGCGAUCUGGUGCUGGAUGACUACCUUCUCAGGAAUGUCACGUCUUAUGAAUUCAGCAGCCUGUCAGCACUUGUACGCCGCGCGAGCAGCAAAGCCCAGGAGGCUAUGCAAGAUCUUCUCAGCACGCUGCUCUUAUCAUACACUGUCUCAGAAGCUUCACAAGAGAUCUGGAAAAGACAUGUUAUCUCCCUUUAUCCAAAUCUCACUGUGGAAAAGAUCCGGGCUUAUAUGACCAGGGCCCGAGAUUGGGUGCGAGAGGGAUCCUGGCGGCUGGUAGAUCUCAUAGUAUGCAAUAUGUCCUUCUACAAUGCGGUGCUGGGAGACGUAGAUGCGAUUAUAUGUCCUAUUCCGGACAGACACUGGGACGACGAUCCUGAAGGUGACCUCAAAGAUGACGCCGAAGAUGACCUCGAAGCCCGGGAUCUGGAGAAAAGAUCCUCCCGAUCAUUUACGCGCACCAUUGGCGGCGCAGUGUGGAUUGUGCGGUCAUUAGCUUAUAGAAAUAGGGGUCGGUGGCCACGCGAUAACGCUAUCUGGAGCGCGGGAUAUGGAUUUCAAGACAAUGACAACUGCUUGAGUACAGAUAUUGGAACUCGGCCAGUUACUCGACAGAACGAGGAAAACUUCGUGGUGGAGCAUGUCCCUGAAUUACAGACUGUUGCUGAUUUUGUCGAGGAUGCUCAUAAUGGUGUUGUGCCUUCUGGAAGCGCACCGUACCCUCCCCUCUCCGCUGAUUUCAUCCGGCAAGGUUUGGAUGCACCGAUACUUAGGAAUCCACCCCCUAUGAGGGGAGGUGCCCAAUCGGAUCGGCCCAUCGUGCGGAUGAUGAACGCACUUGGCAGCACAAGAAAUGACAGAGGGUUCGUUCUACUCGAUGGUGAACUGAACCAGGUAAAGAAAAACCUUUGGAUGGGGAACAAACCUUACAAUGACAAAGAUAUGGAGAGUGCUGUCAAGGAUGACAACUACACAGCUGCACUAAACAGCAUGCGAGCGGCCAUUGCGGUUAUCCAUUACUUGAACCAUCCUGUCAUCAACUCCCACAUGGCAAGCUCGCUAAAUGAAGUUCGUUCAGAAUUAGGCCUAGCCAAUAAUAGGUGGGCGGACCUCGGCAACCGCAGAGAGUAUGCACAAGAGUGGUGGAGUAUAUGGGUCAGGGACCAUUUCCAUCAAGUGGGCCUUCAUACUCAUAGCUGGGUUGACAGAUGGGCCACGGCAAUGGACAGGUAUUGGGCGACACGGACAGGACUUACGGCGGUGCAGGUACGGGAGAUCCUUCGCACUUUAAGGGACACAGAUACCACCAUAAACCAGGAUGAUAUAGAUUAG